AGGCCGGAGAAUUAACGACCCUGCUUUGUUUCCGGAGACCCGAGGGUUCAUCCAUGAGCUCAGAUUUUCCACAUUACAACUUCAGGAUGCCUAAUAUUGGAUUCCAGAAUCUGCCUCUCAACAUAUAUAUUGUGGUUUUUGGCACUGCUGUAUUUGUCUUCAUUCUUAGUUUACUCUUCUGUUGCUACUUGAUUAGGCUAAGACAUCAAGCACACAAAGAAUUUUAUGCCUACAAACAGGUUAUAUUAAAAGAAAAAGUAAAAGAACUGAAUUUACAUGAGCUCUGUGCUGUGUGUCUAGAGGACUUCAAGCCUCGAGAUGAACUGGGGAUCUGCCCAUGUAAGCAUGCCUUCCACAGAAAGUGCCUUGUUAAGUGGCUGGAAGUCCGAAAAGUGUGUCCCCUGUGCAACAUGCCGGUACUGCAGCUGGCCCAGUUGCACGGUAAACAGGACCGUGGUCCCCCUCAGGAGCCCCUCCCUGGGGCAGAGAACAUUGUAUAGCUUCCUACAAGGAUCAGACUGUUGCUGGACACAGCAGUAUGGAGCCAGGAGGAACACAAGCAGACAAUGUUUUCGCUGCUCUCUGCCUGGGACACCCACUAUCACUUCCUUUGCCUCAUGAAGAACUCUUGAGCCAGGCAAGUUGAGACCCUAGGCAUCUGGAUCUUGUGACAACCAAAGCACCCUGAUUAUCACCCUAUGCCAAAAGGAGUGGAUGAGCCUGCAGGUUUGGUUUCAGAAAUUUUCUGAUCUUCCCCUGUGUCUCCCAGGCACCUCUACAUCAAGCAGAAGGGAAGAUAAACACGUGUUAGAAAGGAACUUUGAAUGGGUCCACCCGUGGACCUUAAGCUGCUGUUCAGACUUCACCUGCUCUGUUGCCACAGACCCUCGGCAUCCUGAGUCAAGUGAAACCAGCUGUUCCAUCAGCUGAAGCACACCUGGCUGCCAGUAUUUGGUGAGGCAGCUCCUGCAAGGUUCUUCGGGUUCAUCUUGGAACCUGAAGACUUUGGGAACAACAGCAGCAGGACCCCUGCCACACACACCAGUUCACACUUGCUGUCAAAUCUUCCAAGUUGAAGCCAUUAGAAACACUUGGAAAGGCCUGGUCAGGAGCCAUUCCUCUUCUGUUUCUCCUCCUAGCCCAGCAGGAGCUUGACCCUGAACCUCCACUGUCCCUGUGUAACCCGGGGGCCAGGGCACUGCUCAAGUGUGCCGAAUGCCGAAAGCGUAGUGUGUUCCAUUACAGCUGCUGGCCUCGUCCCACUGGCUAAGGGGUCUCUCUGGGCCCUUCAGAUGGCUCCAAAGAGGAGCCUCUUUCUCAGCAAGGCCAGUCCUCACCCACCUGGAUGACCCAGGACAGACACUUCGGCUUCUCUCCUUUCCCUUUCUGUCCUUCUUCUGCUCUUUUUCUACAUAAGAAAAAUGUCUUACCGCAUUUUUAAACAUUUAUCCCCAGUAAGCUCCCUGUAAUUUCUGAAGCCAGUGAGCCACUUGGAGUUGUAAAUAGUUUGAGGACGCUCCUGCAUGGCUGGCCUUCUGUUGGUGUGUACCUCAGUUACUUGGACUCAAGAUUCCUAACUGAAGGUGUUUUUAUAGGAGAAACAUGCAUGCUGCUUUUUGGCUCUUUCUGUCCAACUUUUCUAGAGACAACUGCCUCCAGUGGGCGUUGUGAACACUGUAAACUAGCCAUGUAAAGCACAGAACGUUCUCUUUACAUAGCUUUCUCUCCCCUCUCGUCACAACAGUGCCACUGCAAUGCCUCAACAACUGCUCUGCAGGAAGUAGAUGGAGAGGAUGGGGGUCUUUGCUACUCUGUUGACAAAUACCUAACCUUAGAAUGAGGGGACCUGCCUUUGCCUCCAGUGGCCAGAUGAGGAAGAAAAUUCCUGUUUGUCUAAAAAGUGCUGUGGAAGCCAAGUGUGGUGGUACACACCUGUGUAGUCCCAGCCGAGGCAGGCAGGGUCACAAGUUUGAGACCAGCCUUGGCUUCAUGGUGAGACCCUCUUGCAAAGGGGGUGGGGGAGUUUUGGCAGAGUUCAUUUGGAAAACACAAAUCUGGUUGGUGAGAAUUUGCAAUUCCCAGUGUGCUCUACUUUUUGCAGGCCAGCUGGAUUCCUAUACAGAACAAGGGAUUGUGAACCAUUUUCUGAGAGCCUUAGCCUGAUUGGCCCCAAUAAUUCAUACCUGUAUUCCUCUUGCUUUUCUAGAUGUAGAGUCAAAUGCCCAUAUACUCAGUUUACAGUGAAAUGUUUUCAAUGACCAAUGCCAGAAGUGGGCUUCUUCUGGCCUAGUUUUGCUAACAAACUAGCAUUAACCAUUUCAUAUUGCAGAAGUGAAUAUAAUAGGAAACCUCCCACCCUAAUUUCCAUGAGGUACUGUAAAUUACUGCCAUUCACAGCUUUUGUAGAAUCCUGGCCUUUAGCUGCAGCUUUUUCUAUCUCUGUUCUCACUACUACAUUCAGCAUCACCAAAAGCCCUGUGAAGUGGUUGGUGUGUAGCCUGAAUGGUCAGGGGCAUUGGAAGAAUGCUGGGGGUGCUUUGCUCUGCACCAGGAGACCCAUUCUGGUGGACCUGAAUGAGGUCCCGUAAUCUUUUCUGCUCAGCCACUGUUAAUCUGAUUGCUUCCUAAAAAGCAUUCUUUGGGCUGGAAGCUACAACUGUGCAAAACAUGCUUCUCAUCUCUUCCUUGGCUUGGUGGUCCCCUGCCACUGCAGUAGCAUUUCUCCAGCUGUUCUAACACCCACUGCCACUGGGCUGCACUGGCUGGGUCCCCUACCAGUGCUUCCCGUCAGGCAUUCUGCUCAGGCCCAAAUCUGCAUCGAGGCCCCUUUUCACAUCAUUUCUGGUAACCUUUAUGUGUAGAUGUAUGAGGAUUUUGGUCUACUCUUAGACCACUGGACUCUUAAGUGUCUUAAGUAGCCAGAGGAUUGGGUGUUGCGUGUGGACUUUGGGGUUUGUGGAGCCUAAGUCAGCACUAGCUGGACUUCAUGCCUUGAACAUUGCUGCCUAGGAGUCCAUUGAGUUCAGCUGGCAUUAGAAAUGGAACAAAACCUGGGUCACGGUAACAGAGAAGGCACAUCCUUGACUAACAGUUUCUUGUAACCUGGGCUUGCCUGACCAGGAAGCAGGACAAAAAAACCCAGCCAGGUAGAGGCUGAUGGCCUCACUCGAAGUCUAUACUGAGGAACCACAUUGCCAAAUACUGUUCUUGACAAGACUUGACAAAAGAUCUUUUCCUCUGUUCCAAAGCACGCCAUCUCUGACUUGGAACAGCCACCCUAAGCUGUGCUGAAAACCAAUAGCACCUAUUUUCUGGGAAUUUGAGAUAUCUGCAGAUGUUCGGAAGAACUCUAGGCACAAGUGCUCAGACUAGUUUGAAUUGUCCACUCAAAGCCACUGUCUGCAGGUCAACCUCUUAAGCUCUCCUUUCCUUAGCCACCACCCAGGAACUGUAGCAAAGGUUUCUAGAAGCCCUGCCAGUCCAGUCUGCUGAGCACAGGCAUGAGGAACCAGGAGCUGCUGCUAACACAUACCUUCCUGGUCACAAACUAAACAACUUCCCAACUAUGGGACUUCCCCUGGCUCUACCACAGCAAUUUUUUUUUCCCUUCAGACAGGGUCUGUGGACUUUCAGUUGUCCUGAAACUCUACAGACCGGGCUUCAGAGAUCUAGCUUCCUCUGCCUCUGCUGUAAUUAAAGGCAGGGCACCAGGCCUGGCCUCCACACUGAAUCUUGACUUGGUUGCUCAGUCUUCCUUAAUUGGACUGUUUGAAUAUUGUUUCACAAAAUUCACACAUCACAGUAGUUAGCUGCUGUUCAUAAAAUUCUAUCCCGUGAGCACUCGAUUCGUUUUGAGUGACAAGACUGUGUACCAUCCCAGAAGUGGGGUUGUCCAUGAAAGAUGGAAGUUGGUUUUGCAUUCACAUUCCUUUCAUACAGAUUCCUUUACAGACACAUCCCUUACCCCUAAUAAAACAGCACAGCUGGUUUUCCUACACUCUUCAGGAUGACAGCUUCCCCGUAGCCCUAAGCAGCAUCUCUAGGUGCCUGGACCAGCUGCCACCCUCCUCCUUCUCAAGCUGCUCUGGUCACUCUUAGUUGGUACCAGUGUUUUUUUGAAGCAGGAAAACUUGUCAAGGUACAGGUCUCCUAAGUCCCUAGGGCUAACAGUCAUUAUUACAACAAGUAUCUCUGCAAAUGAGACCCAGAAGCAGAAUUCUCCCCUCACCCAACUUUCAGAUUAGCAGAAAUUUUUCUAAGUUCAUUUUGCCCUCUCCUAAUAAGAAAUAAAGCUGCCUCCUCCAGGGAGACAGUAAGGGGAAAAGCAGUAUGUGCCUUGUUCACCACCACCCAAGGUCUUUGCCCAACUCACCUGCUUCCCUACAGCCCAGUGGGUAAAGUAUGCCUGUGCUCAAGAUGAACCUUGAGACGUGGAAACCCACUCUUCUGGCACUUCAUGCAAUCUCUAGCCUGGUUAAUCUUCCCCUGCAGCUGUAAGAACCUCCUGACGGUCUGCAGAGAUUGCUCAGUGGUUAAGAGCACUGGCUGCUCUUUCAGAUGAACCAGCUUCAGUUCCGAACACCUACAUGGUGGCUCAGAGCUUCAAUCAAUAACUCAGUUCCAGAUCUCUUCUGGCAUCUGAGGGCAUCAGAUAUAAACAAGCCAACACUCAUACACAUAAAAAUAAAUCUUUAAUUAAGAAAAAAAAAUUACCUAAAAUGGACACAACACAGUACCUAACUAAAUCUUAGAGGUACCUGAAAUGCCAGGUGAAGGGUUUUUAGGUAAGAUUAACAGGAUUCAGGUUCACUAGUUGAGUUGAACACCUGUCACCCUGUUCAAGUUUGGCUUUAGAAUCCAAAUUACUCUAAGAUGCUUUUAUUCCAAGUGGACACUUUGUUAGGUCCUCUGUUCACAGGGUUAGGGAGGAUUACCCUGCUGUUUCAAAGAUAAGAUGUAGUUCAUUCAGAUCACGGUCCUCCCAUUGUUAAGGGACCUGUACCAGUAUUAAGGGAUAGUGCGGUCGAAACCUCAGUGAUGUCCAUGCCUUUCCUUCCUGGCAGAGCAUCUUCCUAGUGAUGGCCUAGAACCAUUACCUUUGGGUCUCUUGACAAGUCAUGGCCAGGAAAGUGGGGGAGUGGCACUUUUAGCCCUUUGGGGCUUAUUCAUUAGAUAUAACUCCCUCAAAAGUUUAUGAAAUGCUGAGCCUCAGGUUUCAUAGACGUGUUUGUACACUAAGAAUUCUGCAGCAGAAUAUUUUUAAACAUUGGUUUUUGUAAGCUAUAUUUUUGUAUAUUUAAUUGCUAUUUUAAAACUUUAAUGCAUUUUUUGCUAAUCACUUGUUUAAAGAUAAAACAUGCAUGUAAUUGACCCAAACACAUGUAAAUAAAGGGCAGAUUUUGAAAUA